GCUGGAUACGGUCCCAAGGCAGGUUAUCAGCUAACUCGCAUCGUAUCGCCGCCUUGGUAUCGUGUCCUCCUCUUCCAACGGUCCUCAGUCGUGUGCUUGCUUCUCAACUGCUCAAACAUCAUUGAUUCCCUAGAGUGCGCCCUCACUGGUCUUCAGUGUACAGAGAGAUUUAAGUCCGUGCAGGAUUUCUUAUUUAACCACAAAGGCAUAGUUAUUCCUCGCCCUUCAGACACCCUCUGGAUAGUAACGGAUGGAUCUGUUACCAGAAGAGGCCUCAGUGCCACAUUGUACGUCUCACGUACCAAUUAACUCCACUUAGCUGGCUUCUUCAGUGCCAAAUUGUGAAAACACCAAGUCACUUGACUUUCAUGCGAAGUAGAAGCACUGUCAUUUGCUGCGCCCGUAAAUCAUUUCGCUCCAUUUAUUAUUCAGUCUCAGCAUCUAACGACCAGCAAGGUGAUCGAUAUGGUCGUCAAAGUGGACGACGUAGAAGCUCUGCAAAAGGAGAUAUGGUACUUCGCUGCGAGCGCCUGCUGGCGGGUGCCAACGCUGCUCUGAUCACAUCCAAGCACGUCGAUUUUAAGAAAGAACCUGAAAAGGAAUCUGAAAAGGAGCCUGUCCAAGAGCCUUGCAAUGAAGCUGACCACGAACCUGCAAAUAGACUGCAAAAACUUUCAUCUUAUCAUAUACAACAUGGCUGA